AUGUCGGAAUUGACAAGUUUAGAAGAGAAAGUUAUUGAACAACCAGAUAAUAUAAUUAUUCCUCCUCCUUCAGAUGAUACAAAAUAUCAUCGUAUUCAACCAUUUUUACAUUUAAGUGGCAAGAUUCCAUAUGUUACAAAUCGUGCUCUACUUAUAUUAAACCAGAAAAUUAACAUUGACUUGAUUUCAAUUUGGGAGCAAUGUGAACUUGUUGUUUGUGCUGAUGGUGGAACCAAUAGAUUAUAUGAUUAUUUCACUGAUGAACAAUCAAGAAUGAAAUGUCUUCCUCAUUAUAUUGUGGGUGAUUUUGAUUCUCUUCGCCCAGAAGUUCAAGCAUAUUAUGAGUCUCGAGGAUGUAUUGUAAUUCCACAAUCAUCUCAAUAUAGUAAUGAUUUUAUGAAAUGCAUAUAUUGUAUUCAAUUACAUUAUCAGUUGAAAAACACCACUUGGUAUGAGAUGCUUGAUACAGUGAAUGGUUUGGAAGAAUUGUGGAAUUCUAUUCCUCAUUGUAGUGCUGACAUAACCUUGUAUGUUCUAAAUGCCAUUGGGGGAAGACUUGAUCAAACCAUUCAAUCAAUAAAUCAAAUGUAUAUCUUGAACAAAUCAGAUGCAAACUUGACGUUGUACUUCAUAACUGAAAGUGAUGUUAUAUUCUUGCUAAAGAAAGGUCAAAAUUAUGUCACAUAUGAAAACAGAUCCUUGUUUUGCGAUUCUGGAAUCCCAAAUUGUGGUCUUUUACCUUUAGGAAAUGGUUCUGUGGUGUUGAAUUCGUUUGGAUUGAAAUAUGAUGUUAGAGAAUGGACAACACAGAUGGUGGGGAAAGUCAGCUCAAGUAAUGGUAUAUGUGGAGAAAAUGGAUUUAUAGUAGAAUGUUCUGAAGAUAUAGUAAUGAACAUUGAAGUAACUAAGUAG